CAUACACUAAUUAACACCAUGGCUUCUACGAAUCAUUUCCAAUGCAUGUUCUUGGCCAUGCUCUUUGUCUUGGGAGUUUUUUCCUCUCAAGCUUCAUCUCGCCUUUUGAACGAGCAAACCAUGCUAGAAAGGCACGAGCAAUGGAUGGCACACCAUGGACGUGUUUACAAGGAUGUAAAAGAGAAGGAUAUAAGGUUUCAGAUAUUCAAGGAGAACGUGGAACGUAUAAACGCCUUUAAUGAAGGUGUAGAUCGAGGAUACAAGCUAAGUGUAAAUCAAUUUGCUGACCAAACCAACGAGGAGUUUUGUGCUUCUCGUAAUGGUUACAAGAGGCAAUCAAUCGAAGUGAUGUCUGUCUCAAAACCAACAUCUUUUAGGUAUGCAAAUGUAACUGUUGUUCCAUCUGUUAUGGACUGGCGAAAGAAAGGUGCAGUUACCCCUGUGAAGGACCAAGGCCAGUGUGGAUGUUGUUGGGCGUUUUCAGCAGUGGCAUCUAUGGAAGGUAUUAACCAACUCAAAACUGGUAAACUAGUAUCACUGUCUGAGCAAGAGAUCGUUGAUUGUGACGUUAAAGGUGUUGACCAAGGUUGUUACGGCGGUUUGAUGGAUAGCGCUUUCCAAUUCAUCAAACAAAAUAAAGGUCUCACAACAGAAGCUAAUUACCCUUACGUGGGACAAGAUGGCACUUGCAAUAGCAAGAAGGCAGCAACCCCCUCAGCCAAGAUAACUGGGUAUGAAGAUGUGCCAUCUAAUAACGAGAAGGCUCUUCUGCAAGCAGUGGCCAACCAUCCGGUUUCUGUUGCUAUUGAAGCCAGUGGAUACAACUUCCAGUUCUACUCAAGUGGCAUCUUCUCUGGAACAUGUGGCACAAACCUUGACCAUGGUGUCACUGCGGUUGGAUAUGGAGCUAUUGCUAAUGGGACUAAGUACUGGCUAAUUAAGAAUUCAUGGGGCUCUGGAUGGGGCGAGAAUGGAUACAUAAGGAUGAAAAAAGAUAUUGCUGCAAAGGAAGGCCUAUGUGGCAUUGCUAUGAAAGCUUCUUACCCAAUUGUGUGAAAGAAUAAAAGAUUACUUGUGUUAUAUAUAGCUUUUAUGUUGGUCUCUCACCAACUAGGAGGUUGGAGCUCAUUAUAGCUCCAAACUCCUCUUUAUUGAUGUUUUCUAUCAUAUGUUUUGUAUAUGUGGUUCAUCAAUAAAGUGUUCUUUUGCCGAUCAAAAAAAAAUAUAUAGCUUUUAUGUGUAAAGUUCAUGUACUUUGGAUAUAUGUACAUUCUAGUUUAUGUGUGUCUCAUUUGUCACAUCUAUAUCACAAUGUAUAAUUUCAGCAA